AACUACACCUCAUUAAUAAUUCAGCUCCGACGGCCUUGCUUGUUGUCGAAAUCCCUUCUGCGUUUCACAGCCCUCAUUUCGCACCUAGUUUUCCCCCCUUUACCGGUGUCCUUAAUUAGGCUGCUUUUAGAGCAGGUGUAGGGUUGCAGGUGGAGGCGGAGGUGAGGAGCCUGCAGCCUCUGCGCACAGUGGCGUGUAAGAGAGAUGAGUUCAUGAUCAGCUUGUUGAAUGCGUUUUCUGUAUACGACUUGACUCUACACUUAACAAGCAUGAACAUCCGUUUUCUUAAUCCGGUUCCUCUUCCUCAGCUGAACAUCUACUCUACAUCAACAGGUUAAAACUAAGUGGAUUUUUUUUUAAUAUUUGGAUUGGCUAGUGAGGACACUGACAAUGUGGUCGACUCCAGCUGCUUGCAUGAUGUGCAUCCUCUUUGGGAUCAUCUGUGAUGUCAAGCAAGUGUGUUCGCAGCCCAAAUUAAUACAAAGAGAGACCGACCAGAAUCCCGAUGGCGUCACCAAAUUGAAAGAAGACAUCCACACAGUUAUUAAUCAAAUUCAUUCCUUGUCCAGUGAAAAUGAAAAUACACGCACCCUUGGCAGCUCUUUCACAGUAGAGAGUGUUGACUUAAAUGCAUAUUUUGGUGUUCUGGGUAACUUGUAUGGUGUCUUCCAACCACUGAUGAGAGAGAGAUUCUUUGAUGACCUUCCCAAAAUGUUAGUUUGUAUUUUAUCUGGGAGACAGGACUGUGGACUGGAGGCAGAGCUAACAAAGACAGUGUCUCUGGAGUUGGGUAAACCACUACUGAUGUUCAUGUCAUCUCUGAGAUCCCAGACAUGCACGACGCAGGAUGAUGGCGCAGAUGGAGAGUCAAACAGUUUCCUGAGGGCCUACCUCAGGAUGGGGGAAUCAACGGCAGCAACAUUAAAUGGUUUUCAGCAGAUGUUUUUAAAAAUACUGUCGAGUCUCCCUCUUUCUGGGAAAUUGAUGACUGCUCUGAGUGACGUGGUGGAUAAUGCUGUGAAAUAUGUCUCAGCAUUCAUGGCAACAGUUCUCCAAGUACCGAUGGACUACAUCAAAAUAGCCUUACAGUUUGGAAUCAGGAUCCCAUCUUUAAAAGGAAAAGAGACCUGUGAGCAAGGAGAUCUCAAGCAACUCAUAAUGUGGGGAAUAAAACACAAUGUAAGCUGGUCCUUCGGUAACUCAAUCAUUGACAUCCUUCUGGAAACCUUCCUGGCUUCAGAACAGUCUCUGUGCACAUAUCCAGGGCCAGAGUGCCAGAGUUCUCCCAGCGCCCCCUUCCAACGCAGUGUCCAAGAGGCAGACACUGAUAACAGCCACUAUAUGCUGCUCAAGUGCGGUCGCCGCAAUCUGGCCGGGCUCAAUGACACGCUGUGCGCUGAAAUCCUUGCGGGUUCAAGAGAGGGAUCCUCCACAUCUGUACUCACCCUUUGCCAGGCGCUUAGCUCCCUCAGCGCUACGCAGAUGGAGCAGGUGUGGAGCAACAUGUGUUAUGUUAUUCAAGCACUGGUGUCUCCACUUGUCAGCAGGUCAUCAGACUGCAGCGUAGGGGACACAAAGCCUUCCCCUGCCGUCACUUCUCCCUCACAGACUCUCCCCCUCCCUCGUUCUGCACCUCACCGAAUAGCCAGAGAAGCUUCCAACCUCAAACAGCUCGCCUGCAACUACAAGAACUGGUUACAAGACGAGGUGGUGGAUGCUGUCCUCGUGUCACUGUGCAGUGAUAACGAACGUGAGCCGUUUGUGAAGCAGGUGUGUCACAAUGCUUUGUUGAUGAGGAAGCUACUUUCAGACCAGAUGAACACCUGGCUGUAUGGAUACUGUGCAAACGCUUCAGCGGACCCCGAAUACAUGGUGAGUCAGUUCUGUGUCUAUGAGGAGUGGAUUGACAAGCCCUCAGUCCCAGUGGACCCAUCUUUACUGGAGUUCUGCAUGAACCUGGAUGGUCCCAGGCUGACGACACUCAUCUGUGAGCAUAAUAGAUUCUUCAUGCUUUUAUUGUCAAACCCUGAAAAUAUGCGGUUCAUGCCUAACUGCUCAAAUCUGGUGUCUCCACCACCAAUCCCUGGCCUGGAUUCACUUAUGCUAGAUUCUUGUCGCUACUCUGAGUGGCAUGAUGUGAUGCAGAUUACCACUGAUGUUUUGUCAAAGUGCAUCCUCCGUGAUCCCAGAGGUUUUACAAGAGAGGUUUGCUCCAACAAAACUUUUCUAAAUAGCCUGCUAAGCAAGAAGGAAAAUUCCUGGCUUGGGAGUCACUGCAACACCUCUUUGACUUCUCCACCCACUGAGGCGCCCAAGCCCUUCAGCAUUGCAGACUGGUGUGACUACCACACGUGGGGAGAACGGCAGGUGGACGAUUCAGUGGUCGGCCUGUGUUGGCAGUACGAUAAGCUUGCUUUUCAGAAGAAUGUCUGCUGCAAGGCGUCUGUGUUUGAGAAGCUGUUACAAGACCCUCAGAACAAAUGGGUGAAAUCAGUUUGCGCAGACCUGAAGGAAAUUGAGGAAAUAGAGGUGUUACGACAGGUGUGCAAGUACUCCGACUGGACCCGUCCCAUCAUUGUGGACAUGACUGAGCUAGCUCUCUGCGCUGAGAUUGACCCACUUAACUUCACCUCAAAAGUCUGCUCCAAUGAAACAGUCCUCCAGAACCUGUUGGCCAAUCAGGACAACACCUGGUUAAUACAGCACUGUGCCAACUAUUCUAAACCGGGGAUAUCUCCUGGUGGAGGUGGCGGACAAGGAGGAGGCGUGAUGGGAUUCAACCCUGCAGAGCAGUGCCAGUACUCCAGCUGGAGCGUAUCCCUUCCAGACGCAGCACUCCUGACUCUCUGCUGGGAGCAUGAUCAGACCAAAUUUGUAUCAUCUAUCUGCCCCAAUCCCGGUCUCCUCUUUUUGCUGGCCCGUGAGCUGUCUAGCAAGUGGGUGAGCACUAUGUGUGCCACCUACACCAACUACACCAGCACUAACAACACCACUGCAGAGCAUAAUGUUUGCCUGGCCAAAAAACUGGUGAGGCAGUUCAACUGGACAUGCUCUGCUGACUUUACCUCAGCGUGCCAGCCCGGGGCCAGUCAGAAUAUGGUCCUGCAGAUGAUGGUGCGCUGCUGGGUGGAGAGUCUGAGGUCCAGGGUGGGGGAUCUGUUGACUCCACCUGUGGUUACUAUGAUGGAGCAGGGGGUCAGCACUACUGUGGUGAUCCUGCUGGCCUUGGAGGAGGUCCAGAACACCUCACUGCAUGUCACUGAGAACAUAAGACUUAGCGUGCUCUCGUCUGUGGCUCGCUAUCUCGAGCAGGAGAACGACCUUGACAAAAAGAGGGUGUUGCUGCAGUGCUUUGGGAGAGUACUAACCAGCUUGAUGCAGACAGCCAGAGAUGUGACCAGUGAUGAAUUCUUCAUCAUUAAGGAGUACUUCAGUAUACCACUGAGCAGCCUGAGGUCGGUGCUCAGUGUGGCUCACAUCACCACUGUCAGACUGAUCCUUCAGUAUUAUAGCAGAAACAAGGAUACACUGCAGUUGCCAGAUAAUUACCUGUCCACCAUGGUGUCAGUGCUGUUCCAGACCCACCUGGUGAAGGAUGGAAGUCUCUUUCCUGAGCUGGCUCCCCUGCUGGCUGCAGCCAGUCCAGCUGACAUCCAUGCUUUGCCUUCACUGCAAAACAACACCAAUGUGUAA